AGAUCACAUCCCUAAAGUGUAGGAAUGAGAAAAAAACACACGAAACUCCGCUUCACUUGUGUUUUUUUCUAAUUUUACUGUCAUUACGCCGAUAAAUUGAUGCAUAUUUUGUAUGCAACAGUUAUUUCGAUUAAAUAAAUCGCAUUAUUAUGUACAACAUUUCCGCAAGGAAUGUGCUGAGUGCGUGUAUUUACUAAAAUCAAUAACAAUCAGUGACCAACAAAGUUACCAAGAUGAAUUAUGAAGCCGAAAGAGCCAUGAACCAAAAGAGAUUGCGUAUGGAGGCGGAACCUGGCCAUGGAGUGGUGCAAGGAAACGGUUUACCACUCAAUUAUAUCGAUAAUGGUCAUCAAAUACCUUACCAGCCCUAUGCUGGGGCCUACAAUACCCACUACCCGCCCCCGGAUGCGUUCGCAGCGUACGGACCGCCACCACCAGGAGGCUAUGCCCCACAGAACCUGUCUUAUGCACCUCCUGCUCAUCAAAAUUAUGCUCAUCACCAGAGUUUCCCACCACAGCAGCCUCCACAGGCCCAGUUGCAUAUGCAGUCACACAUGGGUUAUGGUGAUGUGGGUGUUCACAAGCCUGCGUGGCCUCCACAACCACACCUACUACCACCGCUCGACGCUCAAAAACCAAUAGAUGUGAAACAACUUAAACCGGAAAUCAAACUUGAGCCCACAGAUGCCCAAAAACGACCACACCCCGAAGCUGAAAUGAUGAGUGAAAUGGAUCAGCCAAAAAUAAAAAUCAAAACAGACAUUUUUAAGCCUGAUGACUUAGCACACAGACCCAUUGAAAAACCUAUAGAUGCACACAUACAUAAACCAUUAGAAGGUGCACAAAAGCCAACAGAUCUACAGAAUAAGGAUGAAGGACAGCCGAAUACAAUAGUUGACAUCAAAUUAGGAGAGAAACCGACUGAGUCGAGCAAGGGGGACGGCAGCGCGGAGGCGGGGGAGCCCCGGCCCGCGGACUCCGCCGCCCCGGCCGCGCCCAACAGUGAUAUCGACAGGAAACCGUUCAGUAGUCCAGAGCUGCCGAAGUCGGGCUCCGUGCCGGGGAAGGCGCCCACCCCGAGCUCCGAGCCGAAGAAGAGAGGUCGCCCUAAGGGGUCGACGAACAAACCGAAGCCCCCCGGCGUGACCGGCAAGCUGGUCCCCAACAUGGCGGCGGGCGGGGGGGCGCCGCGCGGGCCCCCUCCCCGCGCCCCCGCCGCGCCCCUGCGCCCGCGCUGCACCGGCUACCAGUACGCCGUCCGGGCCUACAGGAAGGACUUCUCCGGGAUACAGUUCAGAAGGCGCUGGAGCGACGACUGCCUGGACUCGUCGCACAUCCCCAACGAGGUGUACUUCGGCGACGUGCCGGUGUCCACGGAGGUGCUGUUCAACUACUACGACGCGAACGCGGAGCGCGAGCGGCUGGCGACGCAGGCCGCGCAGAUCGCCGCGCAGAAGGCCGCCGCCGCCAAGCUCGCCGCCGCCAAGCUGCAGGCGCGGGGCGUCGUCUCCAACGAGGUCACAACAGUCGAUUCAUCAUCGUCAGACGAUUCGUCAGGGUCCGAAGGCAGCGAUUCUGAAGACAGCGACGAGGACGCCCCCCUAAAACGAGGUCCAGGCAGACCGAAGGGCUCCAAGAAUUCUCCGCGGCCCCCCGGAGCGACGCCCCCCGGCGCCACGCGGCGCGGCCGGCCCCCCGUGCCCCCCGAGCUGCGCCAGCCCGGCAUCACCGACAUGAAGAAGUUCUGCAAGGCGGCCGGCAUCCGGUUCGAUUACAAGAAGCUUGUUGAAGGUUGCACGAAAAACAAAGAAAGAGUUGAGAAGAUGCUAGAGCUGCUGGUCGCGGCCGGGCUCGAGGGGAAGCCCACGCUGGAGAAGUGCAAGGCGAUGAAACAAGCCAAACUAGACAAGAAGGAGCAAGAGAAGCUCGCCAAGAAAGAAGCGAAAGCGAAACACAAAGACGACCCUGUUGCAGCGGAGCCGGCGGCGGGCUCGUGCCGGCGCAUGACGCGCGGCGCCACGGGCGUGAAGCCGCGCCAGCGCAUCGUCAUCUCGUCGGACGAGGAGGACGACACCCCGCAGGCGCGCCGCACGCUCUCCAAGCUGCGCUCCAGCGUCAACGACCACUCCGACUCCGACUAGCGUCCGAGGUCACUAUCAGAUCGUCUGCUUGACGAUGAGCAAUUCCUUUGGGGCAGUUAACGCUGACAUUUCCGAGAGUUAGGAUCGACGUGUCCGUGGACGAUCUCGCGUGUGUAUUACAAUAAAAUAAUUAAUGAAAAAAAACUUUAAAUAAUUAUUAUAGUUAACCAUAGUGUGACGUCGUUAGAAAAAUCUCAGUGAACAACAUUAUUUUGUAUAUGAAUCUGUUUAGUUCGUAAUUGUAUCGGAGUUUGUUUGAGAUUGUAAAAUUUCAUUGGUAAAAUUCUGUCAUGUUGGCAACAUUGACGUAUUAAGAUAUAUUAUUGCCAACAGAAAUAUAUUAGAAGUCACCAAUUUGAAGAUAAUCUAUGCCUAGUUUUGAAAAUUUGAGUGAUAGUAGAAAAAUAAAAUGCUAAUGAUUUUUCUUUUUUUUCUGUUUUAUUGAACUAUGUCUAUACAUGUUAUUAUAGAUAGCAUAGACUAUUUUGGAGAAAAUUACAUUGGCUACUUCACAUGAACGAUUUAGUGUUGCAAGUGGUAAAAAAUAUAAAACAUGCGUCCCUUUGUUAAACGAUUUUCAAAAUCAAAUUACACGUUUUCGAUCUCAGAUAAACUGCAAUGCAAUGAUACAUUAAUAUUGUUAUGAAUAUCAUAAAAAAUUUGCAUUAAAAAAUAUAAAUGGACAAUAACUAACGAAAGAUAAACUCGAAAACAAUUGGAUACGGCAUACGAAAACAAAAAUACUAGUCACGUUUGAAAAAAAAAUUCUCAUUUCCACGUUUUUGAGGCAGCUCCAAUUAAUAGUGUAAAACUUUAAUUUAAUUAAUACGAAAAAGUUAUGUGUGUGUUUUUUUUUCUAAGAAUAUUGAUUGAAAAUCGCAUUAAAUUAUGAUUCCUUUGGAUGUCUGAGGAACGUUAAUGUGUGGCUCAACGAAUUGGUUGUAUCCGGUUUGUCGGCAAAUUGUGCAGGUUUUUUACACGCUAUAAAUUAGCUUCACUUGUUUGUAUGUUUGUAUCUGACUCCUUUAGACGCGAUUUUGAACCAAUUUAAACGGCCAGAUUUCAUUCAAAAUUUAUAGAUUUAUCGAGGACCAUACACUAAUUUGAUAAGAUUAUUCCAUUAUUCAAUUUGCAAAAAUAAAUUAAUUAAAAAUUAAAAAUAAAUAAUAGACAUACAAACAAUAUACACUUUCAGAUUGUCAGUUCCUAAAACAAGAUAUCUUAAAACGCAUCGGUUUUUAUACCAUAUCAUUCUCCUGCUCUACACCUUGUCACCUGAGGUCGGCGUAACAUGUUUUCUCCUUCCAUACUCCUCUAUCAUAUACUAUUUCUUCGCUCACUCUCCUCUUACCCAUAUCGUCUUUCACGCAAUCCAUCUAUUUCUUCUUAAGUCUACCACUUCCUCUAUACCCUUCCACAUUCAUAGUUAACGCUCUCUUACCAACCUCAUUUUCAGUUCAUCUUAUCACAAGUGCUCUAAAAAACAACCUGUAGUUUUCGGUUUCAUAAUUUGAAUUGUACGAUCGUUUGACUUUUGGCGGGAACGCGAGGUGUGAAGUUAUGUGAUUUGUUUUAUUUUGUCUAUUUAGUGUUUUUGUAGGUUAAAAUGUGUAAUAACGGUGGCUUAUUAACUGUUUAAUAACUAUGAAAGUGCACAAAUGUGGGAAAAUGAAAUAAAAUUGUUGGACGUAGCUUUUCGAGAUACUCCAAAAAGUCCACUGAAAAAAUCUCAGUAAAUGAACACCAUUUUACUGAGAUUAUAUUUCAUCCCAUAUUAUCUCAUUUCAUUUAAUUUCAUCCCAGUUGAUUAAUGUCUCAAAUUAAUCAUCUUCAUUUCACUCCAUAUUAUCAUUGUUCAUAAAAAUAACAAUAUAAAUUAUAAAAAUAAAACAUCACCUUAAAGGUCUUAGUUACCAGGUCAUAAAGUCCCUUAAAAAAAAGUCGAUCGUUUAAGAGUCAGAACGAAACCUCGAGAGUGAGACAAAAAAUACUAUCUCCCACCUUUUGCCUCUGGGCGGUCACUGAUUUUAAAGGUCUCGUAGGUCGGUGCGCGUUGAAUUGAACCCCAGUUCCGUAUUGCCUAAAUCGGAUACAACUAGUUUGGAGUUAAAUGUAGGAAUGAAACCCUCGCCUCCUUAUCUAAGUAGCAGUAGUGAUAGAAUGCUUCUAAUGGCACUCAAUAAUGUUCAUUUGUGCCUAUGAAAAUAGUAUAUAAAAAUUUUAUUAUAUAGAAGUAUAAAAAAUAUAUAUAUAUGUAUACAUAAAUAAUAGUGAAUAGCGUGAGUAUAUAGUUUUUUUUUUAAAUAAUAGAUUUCAUUGUCUCAUAAAAAAAAAUCAGUACCGUAGGAGGAAACUAUCAUUUUUAUUGUAUUCUAGAAUUAAAACAAAAAAAAAAAAUCGUAACACCAAGACGUUUAAGUUAAGGUCUUGUAAAUAAGAGUAAUUAAAAAAAAACAAAAUGAAAUGCGUGUCUCUUAAUUUUUUUUUUAUUCUUGUACAAACCAACGAUGUGUAUCGUCGCUUUUGUAUAUAAGCUCGUGCGAAAGUGAAAAAUUAUUUUUUAAAGUAUGUAUGAGUUUUAUAGAGGAUGUUGGACCUUUGGAAACAUAAAUUUUGUAUAUUUGAUUGUUUAUAGAAACUGAAAUUAAUAUUUGAAAUUCGCUUAUAAUAAGCGUAUGCGUUAGCUCGACUCGUACCUAUAGAGAAACGAUUUGAAAACGAUUUCUAGUUUGAUUUCUCAUUGUUUUUGUGUUUGAUCGUAAAACGUGGGUAGUUUUUAUUUCGAUAUUACGAUAACUCGGCUUGAGCCCGUUCAACUUACUCAGUACAACGUCAGAAAUUGAACGCUUAGAGAAAUAGAGAGAGAGGGAAGGAGAGAGAGACAGAGAGACUUUCUGUCUUUUUUUGCGACAGAAAUGAUCAAAAAAUCUUUUGAAAUCAAGUCUCAAGCUUGAACAAAUCCGCAGCGCGUCACAACGAUGCGAUGCUUGUAAACUAUGGGUCGCGUAUGUUACUGACGUCAACUUUGAAAGUUAAUACGACAUCGGAACGAUACGAACGCACCGAAUAUAUGCGUUUAGGCUGGGUUCACACGGCAUUGUCCUGCACGUUUAUUUGCAGUGUACGUCUUAACGAAUGAAUAGUGGCACAUACAGUGUACAUAGAACCUCUCCUUACGGAUCCAAUAACCUUUGCAUUAGACGCCUUCAGCUCUAACAUCAGGAGCAGGCUAAGGGACCCCGGUAACCGUACUCGUCGAACUCGACAAAGAGGUCGACGUGCAACCUAACCCAUACAUCAGUCCGGUGAGUUUCUCGCCGGAUCUUCUCAACGGGUCGCGAAUCUGAGCCGGUAGUAGAUUCAUUCGCGAAGCAGCUGCUCAUGAGUUGUUGGGUCUACAUUGGAGGCGCUCGGGCAGCUGUUAGCUAAUCCCACCCCUCCUGGCUGAGCCUUUGCUCGCCCACCUGUCCUGGUGAAACUGGAAAGGCCUCAGGGCCACCAGUAAUCCUUCAAUCAUAAAAAAACUUGUACUGCAAAAAAUCGUACACCGCUUCUGCGUUUAAUAGAAUACUCAACGGACUUGUCAAGUAAAUCGAAUGAGCUUUAACGUUGCAGCGACGCAUAGUAUAGUUCUGUCUCGUUCACACGCUCGUUUUUACACGAAUGAAAAUCUACCAUAUGAACACCCGGGUGAUUGUACCUUAUAAUCUAUAUAUAUAAAAAUGAAUUGCUGUUCGUUAGUCUCGCUAACACUCGAGAACGGCUUCACCGAUUUGGCUAAUUUUGGUCUUGAAUUAUUUGUGGAAGUCCAGAGAACGUUUAAAAGGUAGAUAAAUAUGAAAAUGCUCGGAAUUAAUUAAAAAUAACAAUUUAGUUUUUCUUUUUUUGUUUUAAGUUUAUUUUAUACAAAAGUUUAGAUCUUUUAUUUAUCGAUUGAGGCACUACGAAGUCUGCCGGGUCAGCUAGUAACGAAUACAAAGAAAACGUGCAGGACAACGCCGUGUGAACCCAGCCUAAUAUUUUAAGAACUUCAAACAUGAGGUUCGGAACGCGAAGCAAUAAUUGAAAUGCCUCUUAAUCUAGAUUUAUAAUCGAUGUUUCGAAAAUUUAACAUCCAAUUCUUCCUUUACGUAAUAUUACGGUAUUUAUAUACGUUUUUAGUAUUAGCACGUUUAUGAGUUUGAGAUGAUCGUGAUGUGAUUCGUGUCCGCCAUUUGUAAUUGUUGCAAUAGUUACCGGAUCGGUUAACAGAUGGCGUUGCUCUUAACGAUUGAAAUGCGAUCAGUCGUGAAGCUUGUUGCAUGUAGUCGGAUUAGUUGAGCUUACUUUUCAGUAAAAGCUCUUUAAUAUAUGCUUCGAAUAGAGAUUGGUGCAAACCUGUACAGCAAUAGUACAUUCUGUGAAAGUUACGUUCUAUUAAAAGUUGUAUUUAUUGUGACAAGUGACUGCAGCAAGACAAUAGAAAUAAUAAAGCUUAUUGUUUGCAUGUAGUCGGAUUAGUUGAGCUUUUGUUUCAAUAAAAGCUCUUUAUUAAACACUUCGAAUAGAGAUUGGUGCAAACCGUUAUAGUAAUAGUGCAUUCUGUGAAAGUUGCUUGUCUUUAUUGUGACAAGUUCAAAACUACAGCGAGACAAUAGAAACAAGACGUUUUGAGCUUAGGGCGAACUUUUAUCCGUUAAUGCGACUCGAUAUUGAAAGUUUGGAAGAUUUGGCUUUCGGAAUCUCAAAUCGAAUCGAAGAGAAUUUUUAACAUCACCGAGACUAUUCUGGCAGAGAUAGACGGCUUUUAUAAGAGUCUAUAGAGUUUUAUCCACUGAAUACACGGUGUAGCGGGUAGAGAUGGAUUUAGGCUUGAUGCCCUUAAUGUUAAAAUGAUUUUUAUUAAUUUCGAUGCAAUAUUUUUGUUUUAAAUUUAAAAUAACUUAAUAUAUUUUUUAUAAAAAUUAAUCUGAACUCAUCCUCAAAGGAGACUUGUCUUGACUUUUUUCCCGUCUCUGAAAUUUUGGUAUUAUAAAAAACUUACUACCCCUCAAAUCAUGCUGGCUUAGGCGUAAAUCCAUCAUUGGUAGCGAUUAGCCGUCGUAUGACACAAAAAUAUUUGACAGAAUCUCGCUAACGACAUUUUCAAACAUAACUUUGCACUUAUAUAAGCUCUGAACAACUACAUUGGUCCGAUCUAUUGAGUUAUUUCUCCCGCUAAUGGAAGACCUUCGUCUUUUUGUGUUCUAAGAUAGUCACUACACGUGCAACAGUAGAUAUAUUUGAUGAUCGCAAAAGCUGUACAUCAUCAUGAAUUCUUGGAACCGCAAUGUCCUAAUUCCAUACAAUCUAUUAAUUAAAAUGUACUUCGUGAAGACAACGCACAACAUAAUCAGACGCUUUCCUCGUUUACUUUUGUAAAGAUGUGUAAUCUUAUUAUUUAACUUGGAUUAUUAUAAAGUGUGAUAGAAAUGAAUUUAUUUCUUAAUGAACUCUCUUUGAAGUGUAUUAAAUAAAAAAAUAAUAUUUACACGAAGCGUGCUCUGUGUUUAUUUAUGUAUUUAUUUGCAUUUAGCUUUGUAGAGCAAUUAAUUAAAACCCUCGGAAGAUUUUGUGUUAAGUCUUUAAACGUGCCUCACAAAAUAAUCCUGUUUCACAAAAGACAUAAUCGUUUUGUGAUUUUUGUUUGUUUGUUUGUUUUAAUUUAGUAUUUUGUUAGUAUCACGCAAGAUUUAACUUAACCGUUGUUAAAGUCAAUCUUAGUAGAAGCGAAACAACAUUGUUAAUUAACUAACUAAAAUAUUGUUGAUUUAAUAAGCUUAGUAAAUACUUGUGGUGUUAUCAACCUUUUGCGAACGGGCAAUGUAAAGCGACGUGUGUCACGAGGACGUUGACCCCGCCAGCUGUUUGUAAACAACACGAAUACAUUGCGUGUUCUUUUUCGAUAACAAUUGAAGACAUGAGUGGAAGAAGGGUAUAUGAAAACAAUUUGUUAAUUUUGAGAAAACGGGCAACAACCUUUUAUUAUUUGUACAUUUUCUUCGUAUAUAACUUCUUCAUCAAUUGCAAUUUGUAAAAAUAGCUUUUAUACUCAGAGUUUUAAGGUCUAAUAUGGUUUAUAGGCAAAUAACACUUUCAUUCAAUGUGAAAACUCAAAAACCUUUAAAAUAGUACUUAACCCCUUUAUACACUCAUGCCAUUAAUUAUUAAUGUUAUCAAGUUUGGAAACAUUCAGUUCUCGUUUUUGGUACAGAUUACGCUCUGUUUAGUUUUUCCUAUUAAUUUCAUAAUUAAAUAUGUAAGAUUUAGAUGGGUUUCACAUAUGCUCACACACAUUAUUUUUUUCUUAUCGUCGUGUGUUAGUUCGAGAAAGUUUUGUUAGUUGGCAACAUCACACUAGCCUAGAAUCUUCUGGUAGAAACUAUCUUUGAAAUAUUAAAACUUAAUUAAUCGACAAACAGAUAUAUAAUCCAUGUUCAUGAAUAUUUAUGUUUUUAAAUGCUACUUAAGGCAAAAAUCAAUGAUUAAUAUUAAAUUCCGUAAAUAAAUAAAGCCAUUGUGAAAAUCAAAUGUCAGAUUGUAUUGUGCAUGAAAUAUAAUGGAGCCAAUUCGAGAUUUUGUGUUGAAAUUAACUACACUAAUUAGUGUGAUUAAAUUCUUUAAGUAUAUAAUAAUAUGUAAAUCAUUUUUAGAAAUCAUUAAAUUUUCAUUGUUUUUUUUUUUUAAUUUGGAUUAGAUCUCGGGAAGACAACAUCUCGAAUUGGGCGGAUGAAUGCAUAUUUCACUAUCACAAAAUCGUUAUGUAUAAAAAUACUGAUCUAAAUAAUUAUUAGUUUAAAAAAUUUUAAAUUAUGAAUUAAAAGAAAAAUAAUGAGAACGGUAAAUUGUAAAUAAUAGUAUUUUAGUGACGAGACGUACAUAGUUUAUAAGUUUAAUUAUUUUCUAAGAUUGAAUAGAUAUUUGUAUUUGUAAGAUAUAUUUAGAUGAUUUAUAUUAUAUUUUUUUCUUAAUUUUUUUUUUGUACCGCGAAACAAUACUUGUAUUGUCGACCACUCAACGUACGACUGAUUGGAAAUUGACCGUUUUAUCUAUUUUUAUAGGCCGUUACAGAGGCCGGGCUGCAAUAUCGUUGGGUCGUUUACAAAUACCGAUAAAUUGAGAAGCUAAAUUCAUAUUUGACGCCGUCAUCGCAGAAGUGGCCUAGCCCGCAAUUUUUACAUUCGUGUAUAUCGACGCUUGAAAGGCAAACGUGACUAAGCGUCAAUGCGUGAAUUUUACAGUAGACUAAUUUAAAGUUGAAAUACCUGAAAACAAAAUUUAUUUUAACGAAUCUAGCUGUAGUAGAAUCUAGCUAGUAGCUGUAGGAUUGAAAUGAUUACAAUAGACCUAGAAAUAUAUAUUUUUUGCGCAUCGAAUAUGGUUAUUGCCUAUCAUUUAUGUACAAAAAGCAGUUAUCGUCGCUUAGUCACGUUUGCCUUUCAAGCGUCGAUAUGUAAUAACUAUACUGCAAUUUAUUUAAAACAUAAAUAAAUUUUGAUGCAAAACCAUGGCCUACCCAUAGUUUCACAUAUAGAUAACAGAUGGAUUUGUAAAUAUAAGUUUUGCGCGUAUUGUUUUUGCCUACAAAGCAGUUUAAAAGUUAAUACAAACCUCAUUAUCUCCAUGCGAAAUAUGGUAAGCUUAGGUAAGCAACUUUUGCGCUGACGGCCUCAUUUAAAAUCAGUCGUACAAACAAUAUUAUGUAUAUUAAUAUAUUUAUAGGUCGAUUUUAAUUUGUCAUUCUUAUAUGUAAACGAAUUAUAUCAUUUAGAUUAAGUACAUGAAUAUGCUUUUCGCCGACAAUUACGAUUUAUAUUUACAAAAAGAGACGUAUUUUUUUUUCUUAUUCCUUGCCAAUAAAUGAGGCAUAAAGAUUUUUA